CCACGGCAGGCAGGAGCAUUCCCGCAGCUCCAGCCCCCUCACAAAAGCCAACUCCAGCAUCCAAAGCACUGCAGCUCCCCCAGGACAUGCCCAGCGUCCCGGGCAGGGGGAAGGAGCCCUGAGGAACAGCUCCCGAAUUCCAUGGUCAGCAGGAAGAUCCCAGCAGGACCCCACGGACACUCCCCAAGCACCAUGAGGACUCCUGUCCCCGGCUUCGCUGUCCUCUCCUCCGCAGGACCCAUCCCCUUCCCGGCCGCUCUGGCCAUUGUCCUGAGCUGCCUGUUCUGCGGGGCGCACGGCCAGACCCCGCGGGCCUUCCAGGAGAGCACGGCGGCCCUGGGGGCGCUGGGCCCCGGCCUGGCGCAGCCUGGGCUCCCGCGGGCCGUGCCCGCGUCCAACGGGUCGCACGGCGCUGCCGGCAGCCGCCCCUCGGAGCCGCCCCUGCUGCCCGUGUGCGCCAGGCCCGCCGACAUCCGCCACGUCUUCAAGUACAUCAACACCAUCGUGUCCUGCACCAUCUUCGUCGUGGGCAUCAUCGGCAACUCCACGCUGCUGCGCAUCAUCUACAAGAACAAGUGCAUGAGGAACGGCCCCAACGUGCUCAUCGCCAGCCUGGCCCUGGGGGACCUGCUCUACAUCCUCAUCGCGCUGCCCAUCAACGUCUACAAGCUCCUGGCCAAGGACUGGCCCUUCGGGGUGCAGGUCUGCAAGCUGGUGCCCUUCAUCCAGAAAGCCUCUGUGGGCAUCACGGUGCUCAGCCUCUGUGCCCUCAGCAUCGACAGGUACCGAGCAGUGGCGUCCUGGAGCCGGAUCCAGGGCAUUGGGAUCCCCAUGUGGAAGGCCGUGGAGGUGCUGCUGAUCUGGGCAGUGGCCAUCGUGCUGGCAGUGCCCGAGGCCAUCGCCUUCGACAUGGUGGAGCUGAGCUACUGGGAGCAGCACCUGUGGGUGUGCAUGCUGGCCUCGGAGCAGAAAUCCCGCUUCAUGAGGUUCUACCGGGACGUGAAGGACUGGUGGCUUUUUGGCUUCUAUUUCUGCCUGCCCUUGGUGUGCACGGGCAUCUUCUACACCCUCAUGUCCUGUGAGAUGCUGAGCAAGAGGAACGGGAUGAGGAUCGCUCUGAACGACCACAUGAAACGGCGCCGGGAGGUGGCCAAGACCGUGUUCUGCCUGGUGGUGAUCUUCGCGCUCUGCUGGCUGCCCCUGCACCUCAGCCGCAUCCUCAAGAAGACCAUCUACGACCAGACAGACCCCAACCGCUGUGAGCUGCUCAGCUUCCUCCUGGUGAUGGAUUAUUUUGGGAUCAACAUGGCCUCCCUCAACUCCUGCAUCAACCCCGUGGCUCUGUACUUUGUCAGCCGGAAAUUCAAGAACUGCUUCCAGUCGUGCCUGUGCUGCUGGUGCCAGAGGCCGGCCCUGAGCAUCACCCCCACGGAUGAGAAGGGAUCUGUUGGGAAGUGGAAAGCCACGGGGCAGGAGCUGGGGCUGGACCGCAGCAGCUCCCGCCUGAGCAACAAGUACAGCUCUUCCUAAAUCCGUGUCACUGUCCAGGACAAGGCACAGGGACAGCAGGACCCCUCCGAUCCUCUCCCAGGCUCUUCCUGGCUGGGCCUGAAUCAGCUUUGCCGUCGUGUCCCAACCCAGCUGGAAGGAGCUGGAGCACUCCCCAGGACCAGCUCCAACCCAGCCCCUGAUCCCUGUGGUCACCUCUGCAGGAGAGGGAAGGGCAUUCACAUCCUCACAGGAUUUUUCAUUUCCUCGCAGGAAAACCAAGGGACUUCUGGCCAUUGCCUCAGGGUGGAACGUGGGGCGGGGGGAGCGUGUGGGAAGGGAAGGAAUGUUGGGGUGGUCACUCUGUGGGGUGAGGAGGAAAGAGUGACAAUUCCCAGCUGUGAAAGCCAAGAAAGCCUGGGUAAAUCCCUGUGAGGGACAGAGACGUCCUCGUGGUCAUGUGGAGGUGGGAAAGGCAGUGGAGAAGGUCCAAUCUCAGCUGGAAGAGCCACUAGAACCAAGUAAAACAUGGGAAAGG